AAAUCCACUUCUCCAUGUUCCUCUAACUCUAACAUGUGUCUCUAGUCCGUCUACAAACCCCCCAAUCAUGAGAAAAGUCCAUCCUCUCCGUCUUCUCCCUGCUCCACUUUUCAGAAAAUGUGUGCUCAAACAGGCUGUUUGGAGAUUUUCCCUUCAUGACAUCACAAAGGGCAGUAGCCCCUCCCCCAGGUGGGUGACACUCCCACAGCUAGGUGUUUGUUCUGCCCUCUGAGUCUGCCUUCUCACCGUAAACAAUAGGACAUGGAGCGAGAAAGCACCGAGUACACCCAAGCCCUUCCAGAGAGAUAUAUCCAGUCUGGCCUGUGAACGCCCCGGGAUCCCCCCAGGAGGAGCUGGAAAACAUUGAUGUGGAGAGGGACUUACUUCACCUGUUACCUCAUGACAGCAAGCUUAGCAUGGCGUCAGAGAUGUUAUGAAGGUGACUUUGUUGCCAUGUUAAUAGCUCAACCAUUAACUGAGGACGAAAGAGACCUGCAGAGCUGGACAAACACAGACUGAGACCCCCCGCAGAGUCCUCCUCUGACCGUCUGAAUCCAACAUGGGGAAAGUCUACUACAUCAGUAAAAAUGUGGGCCUGGGGUUGCUCGCGUUGGCGGCCGUUGCCCUGGUUACCAUUUUAGCUUUGUCCAUCGCCUACGACAAGGAGAAGGCCAAGAAUCAAGGCACGUCUGGGGACGGGACAGGAGACAGCACCAGCAUGCCUCCCACCACCUCCUCCACCCCAAAGGAGCCGUGGGACCGCUACAGACUGCCACACUCCCUCGUCCCUGAGUCCUACGACGUGACCCUGUGGCCCCGACUGACGCCCGACGAAAACGGCCUGUACGUCUUCACCGGACGCUCUACCGUGCAGUUCAGAUGUGUGAAGGAAACGGACCUCAUCAUCAUCCACUCCAACAAGCUCAACCUCACCGACUUCAACGGUCAACUAGCUAAGCUAACCAGCCUUUCUGAAGCCACGGCGCCCGCCAUACAGAAGUCCUGGCUCGUCCCGAAGACGGAGUAUCUGGUUCUUCAGCUGCAGAGGACGCUAGCUGUCGGAGCGACGUAUUCCCUUCACACUGAGUUUCUGGGAGAGCUGGCAGAUGAUCUUGAAGGCUUUUACAGGAGUGAAUACACCGAGGACGGGGUGAAGAAAGUGGUCGCGACCUCGCAGAUGCAAGCGACGUACGCCAGGAAAACCUUCCCUUGCUUCGAUGAGCCGGCCAUGAAGGCCGUCUUCAAUGUGUCCAUCAUCCACGAGCGAGACAUGGUGGCUCUGUCCAACGGCAGAGAAAUAGCCACUGAAGACGCCGUCGUCGAUGGCGUGCCGGUUAGAACGACAACAUUCGAGCCCACGAGAAGAAUGUCCACAUACCUGCUGGCCUUCAUCGUCUGUGACUUCAUGAGCAUUCAGUCGACACAGAACAACAAUCUGUUGAUCCGAAUCUGGGCCAGAAGAAAAGCCAUCGAUGACGGGCAGGGUGAAUACGCUCUCAACGUCACGGGGCCCAUCCUUCAGUUUUAUGAGCGGUACUACAACGCAGCGUAUCCGCUCUCCAAGUCAGAUCAGAUCGCUCUGCCUGACUUCAACGCGGGGGCCAUGGAGAACUGGGGUCUGGUCACGUACAGGGAGACGGCUCUGCUCUACGACCCCGUCAUGUCCUCCACUGGAAACAAAGAGAGAGUGACGACUGUGAUCGCUCACGAGCUCGCCCACAUGUGGUUUGGGAACUUGGUGACUGUGCAGUGGUGGAACGACCUGUGGUUGAACGAGGGCUUUGCGUCGUACGUGGAGUACCUCGGAGCCGACCACGCUGAGCCCACCUGGAACAUCAAAGACCAGAUCAUUCUUUAUGACGUGCACAAGGUGUUUGGGAUGGACGCCCUCGCCUCGUCUCACCCGCUGACACGCAGAGAGGACGAGGUCAACGACCCUGCACAGAUCAGCGAGAUGUUCAACACCAUCUCCUACAGCAAGGGAGCGGCGGUGCUCAGGAUGCUGUCCGAGUUUCUCACAGAGUCUGUGUUUGCGAGAGGCCUCAGUUCUUACCUGAACACGUUCGCCUUCAGCAACACAGUGUACACCGACCUGUGGGACCAUCUCCAGAAGGCUGUUGAGAACACACCAGGUUUGCACAUUCCUCACACUGUCCACGACAUCAUGAACCGCUGGACUCUGCAGAUGGGCUUCCCCGUGGUCACUCUCGACACCCGGACGGGACGCAUCACCCAGAAACACUUCCUGCUGGAUCCGGACUCUGUGGUGGACCGGCCCUCUCAGUUCAAUUACACGUGGUUUGUCCCCAUCAAAUGGAUGAAGACAGGUGUGGAGCAACAACAGUACUGGCUCCUUAAAGACACAGACACCCACGGUGAGAUGAGCGUUUCAGGAGGGGACUGGGUUCUGUUGAACACCAACGUUUCCGGGUUCUUCAGGGUGAACUACGACCUCCAGAACUGGGAUCGUCUUCUCUCUCUGCUCAACACCGAUCACCAGGCUUUAUCAGUCAUCAACAGAGCUCAGAUCAUAGACGACGCAUUCAACCUAGCAAGAGCCAAAAUAAUCAACACCACACUCGCCCUGAGAACGACCACAUACCUGUCCAGGGAGAGAGACUACAUCCCCUGGGAGUCGGCUCUGAGGAACCUCGACUACUACAUCCUCAUGUUUGACCGCACCGAGGUUUACGGAGCGUUGCAGGCGUACCUCAAGAAACAAAUCCAACCGCUUUUCGAGCACUUCAAGGAAAUCACCAACAACUGGACCAGAGUUCCUGCAGGACACACCGACCAGUAUAAUCAGAUAAACGCCAUCGGAAUAGCGUGCAGUACAAACGUGGCGGGCUGCAGAGAGCUGAUUAAAGGCUGGUACCGACAGUGGAUGGAGAAUCCACAACACAACCCCAUCCAUCCCAACUUGAAGAGCACAGUUUACUGCAGUGCCAUCGCGUUCGGAGGAGUGGAAGAAUGGGACUUUGCCUGGAAGAUGUUCAAGAACGCCACUCUGGCAUCGGAAGCCGCCAGGCUACGGUCAGCCAUGGCCUGCACAAAAGCACCUUGGCUGUUGAACAGGUAUCUGGAGUACACUCUGGACCCGUCAAAGAUCCGCAAGCAGGACGCCACCUCCACCAUCCAGUACAUCGCUCGAAACGUUGUGGGGAUGCCGCUGGCCUGGAGCUUCGUCAGAGCUAAAUGGAGCUACAUUUUCCAGCAGUACGGAAGAGGAUCGUUUUCCUUCGCUGGUCUCAUCAACGGAAUCACAAGACGGUUCUCGACAGACUUUGAGCUGCAGGAGCUGAAGAAGUUCAAAGAAGACAACGUCCAUGUUGGUUUUGGCUCCGCCUCCUUGGCCGUGGAGCAGGCGAUCGAGAAGACCACCGCCAACAUCAAAUGGGUGACGGAGAAUAAAGCCGGUGUGCUGACGUGGUUCACUGAGGAGUCCACAUGAGGACACGAGGACACUUUAAAUGACAAACUCUUUUUUUCCCUGCACUGGGAUACGUAAUGAAUGACAAUCACUAUAAUCAUCAACCACAAAUGAGCGGCCUGUGACAGCUGCUAACAACUGUGCAAACACGACUAAGUGUGAUGAUGGUCACACCAUCGUCACACCAUCGUACCAAAUCAGUGAUAUGACACUAAACCAAGGACUCCAUAUCUUAACCUCCGGUCCAUGAAUGACAUCAUCACUGUUUGGUGGAAUAAAUAUAAGAAACGUUUGACUCCUUGAAAUCACCAACAGAAAAUAAAAAGUGAUGUCAAGGAAAACUUCCAAUCACAUUUUCUUUUAGCUUCAACUUCCUGCCUUUCUACGGUGGCCUGUAGGUGCAAAGGCUCGGCAACCGCUGAAACGACGUACAUUCAGAAAAACACUCAAAUGCUGCAAUUAAAAAAAAACCAAAUGCAACAGAUGAAACUUGCUGCAAAUUAAACAAACGUGCUGCAAAAGCAAGAAACAAAUGAAUUAACAUCAAAAACAUGCAUAUUCAGAAACAGCUGUAAAGGGAGAAAUGCUGCAAAUUCAGCCUCCAGGCCUGUAGGGGGCGCUCUAAGGGGCUUAUUUACAUGAGCGAGUAAAGGUCCAGACACACCAAGGAGUUCGCCGGCCGUCAAGGUGAGCAAUUGUCGCCCUAGUUUUUGCGCUGUGUCCAGUUCUGUCGCUACCCAUCGGCCCCCGUCUGCUAUUUUUUUCACUGAAUCGACAUGUUGAUUCACUCUGAUUGGCUGUUCAGCUAAGCGAAUCAGUGCACGAGAAGAAAAACGGUAGUGAUGAAUGCAAGUAAACGACUUCAACUUUUUAUCACACAUCAUUCUCGAUUAGAAGUACAAAGUCAGCCUCCAGGCCUGCAGGGGGCGCUCUAAGUGGGAAGUUUAUUUUCAUUAGAGAGUAAGAGAGGAUCCAGGCUAGGUGGGAAAGUUGCACAGCUGAAUGAAUUCACAGCAAAGAAGAGAUUUAAAGCGAGUCCAGUCUGGAUUCUGACACCGGGUAAGAGACAGCCGAGGAGGGGUUCCGUCGCUGUAGCCCCCUCGGGAUGCCUGGCGCUAGCGCUAGCUGUGUGGCUAACGAGCUCCGGCACCUCCCUCUGCCUCCACAACCUUCCCACCGUCCCCGCGGUCAGAGUCCAGGUUGAACUUUCUGUUUAUCUCUUGGCUACAGAUUAGCAUUUACUCCUCCCUGUCAUCAAACCAUAGCCCUGUUCAGACCGCCGUUUCAAGCCGCGAUAUUUACGCCUCUGUGACGUUUUUUGUGAUGGAUGUUCAAAGACGAGAUGGCGGCUGAGCUUAGUUGAGUCACAUUUGCAGUCUGAAAAUAGCUGAUGACACUUUCACCACCUGACAAGUUCCAUCUCCCGGCAUUCUGAAGUCCCGUGCCUACGCCGGAAAAACAGUAGCGGUCGCCGCGAUGCUAACUUCAUUAACUAGCUAACUUAGCUAACUAGCUAACUUGCUUAUGAAUUCUCUGCGUUUCUAAAUAUGCUGCGCUGUUUUCUUAAUGUACGUUGUUUCAUCUGUUGCAGAGCCUUUGCACCUAUCGUUCCCUGACAUUUCUUAUCGUGUAACAGGUUUAACGUAACGGCGUCCUGAGCGGCGUCCUCUCUGUUGCCAUCAGGAUGUUGAGCGAGGCGUUGGACAAAAUAUCCACACAGAACUAUAUCCCUGUCCUUACUUGUGUGGUAUAUUUACCGCUGGUGCCAAAUAUCGAUGUUUUGAUUUUUUCAAAAUGAAACGACUCUGAUCAGAUUCUUCCUGCUGAUUCGACUCGUCACUGCACGACUCCUCUCGGUGGCGCUUACGACAUGAAUGAGGGUAACAUGAACAGAUGGUAAUCGGGCAAUGAGGAUGAUGACGACAGCAGGACCAAAAAAAGAAGAAGAUGAAGUUAAAGUCAGGGUUGGUCAUUUCCUCCAGAUCCACUUUUUCAGAUUCUGGUUGAAUUUGUCUUUAGGUCCUGACAGAAAUUAAUAACUCAUGUUCUCUGAAAAAAGGAACAAAGAGAAUCCAUCAUCUGUAUCAGCUGUCAUGGAGAAGAAAAGAUGUUUUUCUACUGGCAUUAUGUUUCUGUUUACUGUGAUGUUUAUUUUACUAUUUCAUUUGUCUCAUCACACGUCGCCGUCUGCUGUAGUGCAAAACAUUCUGAUCAUAAAUAUCAGACCGGUCAGGAUGAAGAAUUAACAAAGCAUAAUCAAGUAGCGACCUCCAGUGUUGAAACAUGAAGCUGAUGCUGAAGUGUAACAUCCUGCAGUUCCUGGAGUGUCCACUAGAGGCUGGCUGCAGAAGCACAGGAAGUCACAUACACACCCAUUCUAAAAAGCCUGUUUUUUGAGAUUAACAUGUUUACAGCCUGGUUCAAAAAACCAAAUAGGUGUGAUUAGCUCAUGUCUCGAUGGACACACACUGUACGGGGGGUGAAUGUUUUGAUGACUCAUCAGUUUUGAUUUGAUGAAGGAUAAGAGUUAUUCACAAUAAGGCGUGUAGCUGACCUGAUUGACAGGUGGGCGCGGUGUAACGGUUUGUCAAGGUUCUUUUACGUCCUUCAGCUCGCUUCUCGUCUGGAUGGACUGACCAUAAGUUUCCACUUCAGUGGGAACAGAGAAACCCUUUGUAUAAAAUAAAUAUGACCGUAAUAAAUGAUUUACCCUUUGUGGAUGUUUUUACUCC